UUACUAAAUCAGUUUGAAAACACUGGGCCGCCGCCAGCAGACAAAGAGAAGAUCCAGGCGCUCCCCACCGUACAGAUCGCGCAGGAACACGUAGAUUCUGGGCUGGAGUGUCCGGUGUGUAAAGAAGACUAUACAGUGGGUGAAAAUGUCCGGCAGUUACCUUGCAAUCACCUCUUCCACAACAGCUGUAUAGUCCCUUGGCUGGAACAGCACGACACGUGUCCCGUGUGCCGGAAAAGCUUGAGUGGACAAAACACUGCCACAAACCCCCCAGGACUCACGGGGAUGAACUUCUCGUCAUCCUCCUCCUCCUCUUCCUCCAGCUCACCCAGUAACGAAAACUCAUCGAACAACUCAUGAAUCUUAAUCCACCCCUCUGUCCCCGGGGCCCUCUCCAUUGUCCUCCCUCCCUCCCCAGCCAACGCGAGCAACGAAAGGGGCUUCCAGAGCAGAGCGAGGGGAGGGUGGCAGGGGGGAAGCAGCGCCCCCCGAAUUCCCUUUUGAGUUCUGAAGACGCGGAGACUCUGGGUCCUUCAGAGAUGAGAAGCCUCGAGUUCUGUGAUGGGGGCGAGAGCUCCGUCUGUCAGUAAAAACACCCGUUUGCCGCGUGGACUUGUACCCGUUGCAGUGAGAGGCUGCUGCGCCCCGCAGGAGACCGAGGUGCUGGGCUGGCGGUCGCCAUUCCCGAUGGAAAGGUUGUUUGUAUGGUUUUGAAUUUGCGAUUCCUUUCUUU